AUGAGACAUUUCGAAUAGAAAACUUUUUUGAAGAAUGGAGGUAUUUAAUAACACUCAAAAACUUGUUUCUAGCCUCCUUUCUUCAAAAAUUAACACAUCUUUCGUAUUAACGCCAGAAAAUGCAAAUUCUGUACAUAUGAUUUUAUUUGGGUUGCAAUAUCCAGAGCCAAAAAGUGAUAAUUUCCUAAUAAGUUUCUUGAAUUUACCCGGAAUUUACAAUGAGAUUUUCCAACAUAAAUCGCAGAAGAAGUGUAACAUGAGAAGUAACAUGAGAAGGCUCACAAUAAAUGGGUGUGUGGUAUUGUUUAAACAUCUAAUAAUAAUUGUGAUUGUGUAAUAGACCUCUCCUUUAAGAUUUUAUCUUUUCCAUUUGGCAUCAAAUGAAAGAUGGGUUAACAAGUGUGCUUGCUUUUAAUAUAGAAACAUUGUGAAUUUUGGAUAGUUUUUUAUGUCGCUGCUUCAAAAAUCUGCUGAACUGGAAAGUUUUUUAUAAUGAGUUAUGAACAAACCAAUGUUCAACUUGCAAAUGUGGUUCAACGCCCAUUGGCUUCAAAUCUUAUUUCCCGAGUUGGCUAUUUGAUUAACGAUAGAUAUGAUCAAUUUGGACGUCAUCUUGGUUUAGAUGUCUAUGAUCUUAGGAACAUUAAUCAAAACCAUGCAACAGCUCAAGCAAAAGCGGUAGCUGUUAUUGAAAUGUGGAUUGAGUCUAGAGGGAGACAAUCAUGGGUAGAGUUAAAAGAAAAGUUGAUAACCUUUCGUUGUCUAGCAAUAGUUCAAAUUAUUGAGAAAGAGUUUCCAUUAGAGACAAGUUUACCAGAAAUAUCUUUCGGAUUUUCUGCCAAUAAAGAUUCUUCAAAUCCACUAGAUGUUGCUAGCAGAGCUAAUGUCAAUAAAGAUUUGUCAAGAAUGUCUGCUGAACUAAAACAAUAUUAUCUUAAAUAUUAUAAGAAAAUUAGUGAACUUCAACCACUAUUAAAAGCACCUGCAAAUGUUGAUCUAAUGAAUAAAUUUGUUGAUCUAUGUAUUGUUGAUGCAGCGAAGCCACAAAUGGAUGCUGUUUUUAGUGUUGAACGAAAAGAAUUUCUUGAAAAGCAAAUGCGUUAUACACCAAUUCCAUAUAGUGAACUAUUUAUGAACGAAAAAUCGGUAAUAUUAGUAUCUGGAAUUGCUGGUAUUGGGAAAACAUGGUUGCUUAGAAAAUGUUUGCUUGAUUGGUCAAAUGAUUUAAUUUGGAAAAAUGUUGAACUUGUUUUUUAUUUAGAAUGCAGGAGGAUUAAUCAAUAUGAAAAUAUUUUUAGUAUAAAUGAUUUACUAAGCGUUUUCUACAAAGAUAUUAUAAGUAACUUAAAUAUUAGUAUUACCACUGCACUGUUUCUAAUUGAUGGGUUAGAUGAGUUUAAAUAUUUCAAUGAGUUAUCAAAUCCAAAUUUAAAAUGUAAAUAUCCAAUUGUUAAUGUUUUAGCAGAAAUUCAAAACUAUAAACAUUUAGUUGCUGGUAGAGUUUAUGCAAUUGAUCAAUACCAAAGUAUUUAUACAGAUCAUAGUGAUAAGUUAACCAUUCAAAUAAUGGGGUUUAACAAAAAUGGAAUAGCGAAUUAUGUAGAAAAUCAUGUUAAGGAAGAAAAAAAAGGAAUUGUAAAUGCAACUUUAAAGGAAUCUCCAAUUGCAAAAGCUAUGGCAUCUGUUCCUUUUUAUUUAUCUUCUAUGUGUAAAAUUAUCAGUGAUUCAAAAGAAAUAAGUACAAUAUCUUUCUUAACAAUGACAGAUUUGUAUGCAAACAUUUUUUUAUACUUUUUACAAAAACACAUCAUUAAAAACAAUGAAAUGAUUUAUCAGAUAAUGGAAAACGAUUCUAAUAAAACAUAUAUUUUAAAUAUUUGUAAAAUUGCAUAUGAAUUGUUUCUUGUAAAUAAAAUAAUUUUUUCAAAAGAAGAGCUUCAAACUUUUAUUGGUGACUUUGAUAAAAAUGAAUAUUUUUUUGGAUUUAUAGAAAGGAUUGAAACGAAUCUGGGAUGUUAUUAUCAGUUUGCACAUUUGACAGUAAUGGAAUUUUGUGCAUCUGUAUAUGCUUAUAAUUGUUUAAGUAGUGAUGAAAUUAUGACCAAUGAAAAGCUAAAGAGUUGUUUAUCAAUGAUUUGUGGAUUAUCUAAUGCUAGUCAAAAUAGUUUAUUAAAGUUUCUUGUUAAUCUGAAUCCUUCAAAAAGUCCCUAUAAAAAGUUUAUUCAAUUUAUAAUGAAUCUAUUCAAGAAUCCUUCAAUAAAGUCCAAUGAAAAAUCUAUCUUUUUGUAUUCUAUUUUGGAUCGUCUAUCUAAAAGUAUUAAUGAUUUUUAUGAUUUUAAUUUGUUCUACGAAUGUUUUUACGAAAGUCAAUCGUCAUUCACUGAUGAAAUAAACUCAAUUGUUGAUGAACGAAAUAAACAAUUGUUUAAUGGUUGGACGAUUUCGAUUAACGAUGGAAAAACUUCUUACGCAACUUCUUGCGAUAAUUAUUUCGUAAAUUAUUACAUAAAAUCUGGAAGAAAGUUAAUGUGGUUAAGUGAUGAUAAAAAUAUUUUAAGUGAUGAAGAAAAAAAUCUUUUAAUUCGAUGUUCAACUAAUGUUCGCUAUGUCACCUUUUUUCGUCCAAUUAAUUUCGAAGGAUGGAAACCGAAAGAUAAGAUUGAAAAGUUGACGAUAUGGAUCUCAGAUUAUUUAAUAACAAAAAAAGAUUUUGAAGAAAACUUUCUUCCUUGGAUUAAUCUUUGUGAAGAAUUAGAUCUUCAACUUCACGACGACAUUGAUUUCUUUAAAGACAUUUGUGAAUGGAUUCGUUGUUCGAACAUCAAGAAGUUUAAGAUCUGGUACCGUGGAAAAGAUUUUUGUAACCUCGAUGAAUUAACUUUAUAACGCGGAAAAAUAUAUUUAAAUAUAUAAAAUAAAAACAAU